AUGCUUCCUAGCGCGGAAGCUGGAGAUAUCCCUAAUUCGCAUUCGAUACCUUCCAAUGCACCCGAACACUGUCCGGGCACGGAGUCUGAGCUUGCGGGAAAAGCGGAUGCGUGUCAGGGCUGUCCGAAUCAAGAGAUCUGUGCUUCGAGCAAGCCGAACGGUCCAGAUCCAGCCCUUCCGUACAUCCAUGAGCGAAUGACUUCCGUCAAGAGGAAAAUAGUCGUCCUCUCCGGAAAGGGUGGUGUCGGGAAAUCUACUUUUGCAGCCCAGCUCGCUUGGGCCUUUGCAGCAGACGAACAACUUCAGACCGGUUUGAUGGAUGUAGACAUCUGUGGUCCAUCUGUUCCGACUAUUCUUGGCAUCGCAUCGGAACAAGUCCAUUCUUCUUCCGCUGGCUGGUCCCCUGUAUAUGUGCAGGAUAACCUGGGGAUUAUGUCUGUCGGCUUUAUGCUACCGUCGUCUCGUGAUGCUGUCAUGUGGCGGGGUCCGAAGAAGAAUGGGUUGAUUGCUCAAUUCCUGAAAGACGUGGACUGGGGCGACUUGGAUUAUCUCGUCAUUGACACGCCUCCCGGGACAUCGGACGAACACUUGAGCAUCGUUCAGUAUCUCAAGGAGAGCGGAAUAGAUGGUGCUGUACUCAUCACCACCCCUCAAGAAGUGGCUCUGCAAGACGUUCGGAGGGAAAUUGACUUUUGUCGAAAAGUUGGCCUGCGAAUAUUGGGCGUUGUAGAGAACAUGUCAGGAUUUGUGUGCCCUUCGUGCAAAUCAGAGAGUCAGAUCUUCAGACCGACGACCGGAGGCGCAGAGAAACUGGCGAAGGAGACGGGUAUUGAGCUACUCGGAAAGGUGCCCCUCGAUCCACGGAUCGGCAGGAGCGCAGACUAUGGUUUGAGCUUCUUAGACGAAUACCCGGACAGUCCUGCAAGUGCAUCCUACCUACAAAUCAUUGACAGAAUCAAGUACAUUCUCGGAGAUAAGUGA